AUGUUGAGGAGGCAUCGUAGCCAAAUGAUCUUGGCAGUGGUGGAAGCCAUAGCUCAGUAUUCAUAUUUGGCGGUGGAGCAUGAUACAACAUUUUGUUUCUUGAACUUUCAGGAAAUCACCAAGAAAGAUAAAGAGUAUCCAAUGGUGGAUCUGCAAUCUGUGACAUUGCCUACACAAUCUGCGUACUGUAGGCACUUAAGAGAUGUUGAACAAAGUGUUGGACCAAAUGCGAUAAUUAUCGCUAUCAAGUUUAACAUCGAUGAUCUAAAUGGACUCAUUUGGCAGCUUGAUUUUCUUGAAAUACAAGUAAAAAUCUUACUGGUGCUUACUGCUUACCCAACUGCUAGAACUUGGUUAAUUGCAGCUACAUCAGUUACACUGGUAUGCAUCCUUAUAUUCGUUGGGAGGAACGGAUCAACCUAUUGCAGCACAGCUGAUCUAAUUUCAUGCAUACAGAUUUUUCCCGAUAGUAGAGGGCCAGUAGUUGGAACCUUGAAGGGCUUUACUGGUCUAAGUGUUGCAAUCUUGACCGAAAUAUACCCAAUGAUUCACAAGCCUGAUCCUGCCACACUAAUCUUUUACGUUGCUGUCAGGCCCACAAUGAUUGUUAUCGCAUUAAUGUUCAUUGUCAAACCUGUUGGAGGGCACAAACAAUUACGAUCAAGCGAUAACUCUACCUUUGUAUUCAUUUACAGUUUGUGUCUACUUCUUGCCACAUAUCUGAUGGUUGUCGUGCUUCAUGAAGAUCUAGUAGACCUGAGCAGUUCUGUGACUAUCUCAUUCACAGUUGUCCUUCUCUUUCUCCUAGUAUUCCCCCUAGUGGUUCCGUUGCUUCUCACCUUUUGUACUGAUGAUACCUCCCUAGACCAAGAGUGUCUUUUGUUUGUACCCAAAAACGAGAAGGCUUUUGAAUCUGAGCAAUCUAGUGUAGACUUUACUUUGAUGCAGGCUUUGUCAAAGGCAGAUUUUUGGCUUCUUUUUAUAAGUUUGAUCUUGUGGUCAGGUGCAGGUGAGACGGUCAUUGAUAAGUUGGCGAUGAGCCAAUCUUGGGGUUAUGAAGAAGCCUACAGUUAUGUGUAUAUGCUUAGCAUAUGGAAUUUUCUCGGGCGAGUCCGUGGAGAUUAUACUUCCACUGCCAUCCUUCAAGAUCAUGCAUACCCAAGGCCAUUAGCUUUGGCUGCAUCUCAGGUUUUUCUGGCAAUGGGCCACUUCUUCUUCACUAUGGCUUCGCCUAGAACAACGUACGUUGGAACACUGCUUAUCGGGCUUAGAUAUAGAGCUCACUGGUUAAUUUCACCCGCUGCCGCCUCUGAGCUCUUUGGCCCAAAGAGCUUUGGUUCCUUGCUUAAUUUUCUUGACGUAGUAACUCCAGCAGGCUCUCUAAUAUUCUCUAUUGUUAUCGUUAGUGCUACAUGUUGGAAAUGGGUGUAG